AUGUUACCAACUCUUCCAGAAUACAAAGCUCUUGAAGCAAAAUAUGAACAAAUGAAAACGUUUGUUAUGAAAGAAGCAUUUAAUAAAGACCCAGAAAGAUUUAAGAAGUUUUCAAUUCAAUUUGAAGACAUUUUUGUAGAUUAUUCAAAGAACCUUAUUGAUGAAGAAACAAUGAAACUUUUAAUAAAAUUAUGUGAAGCAGUUCAUUUAAAAGAAAAAAUUGAAGCAGAAUUUACAGGAGUAAAAAUUAAUAAUACAGAAAAAAGAGCAGUUCUUCAUACAGCACUUAGAAAUAGAAGUAAUAAUCCAGUAGUUGUUGAUGGAAAAGAUGUUAUGCCAGGUAUUAAUGCAGUUCUUAAGAAAAUGGGAAAAUUUGCAGAAGGAGUAAGAAAUGGAAAUAUUAAAGGAUAUACAGGUAAAGAAUUUACAGAUAUUGUUAAUAUUGGAAUUGGAGGAAGUGACCUUGGACCAGUUAUGGUUACAGAAGCACUUAAAUAUUAUCAACAUAAAAGAAUAACACUUCAUUAUGUAUCAAAUGUUGAUGGAACACAUAUGGUAGAAGCUUUAAAGAAAUGUAAUCCUGAAACAACACUUUUUGUUAUUUGUUCAAAAACAUUUACAACAGCUGAAACAUUAAUGAAUGCACAUUCAGCACGUAAAUGGUUUAUAGAAAAAACAGGAAAUGAAGAAGCUAUUUCAAAACAUUUUGUAGCAGUUUCAACAAAUGCAACAGAAGUAUCUAAGUUUGGUAUUAAUACAGAUAAUAUGUUUGAAUUUUGGGAUUGGGUUGGAGGAAGAUAUUCACUUUGGAGUGCUAUUGGAUUAACUAUUAUGAUUUCUAUUGGAGAACAAGGAUUUAUUGAUCUUCUUUCAGGAGCACAUGCUAUGGAUAAACAUUUUAGAAAUACAGAUUUUGCAAAUAAUAUUCCAGUUAUACUUGCUGUUCUUGGAAUAUGGUAUAAUAAUUUAUAUCAAGCACAAUCACAUGCCAUUCUUCCAUAUGAUCAAUAUCUUCAUAGAUUUGCUGCUUAUUUCCAACAAGGAGAUAUGGAAAGUAAUGGUAAAAGAAUUACUAAAGAUGGAGAAGUAGUUAAUUAUACUACUGGUCCAAUUAUUUGGGGAGAACCAGGAACUAAUGGACAACAUGCAUUUUAUCAACUUCUUCAUCAAGGAACUAAAUUAAUUCCAGCUGAUUUUAUUAUUCCAGCAAAUAGUUUAAAUCCAAUUGGAAAACAUCAUACAGUUCUUUUAGCUAAUUUUAUUGCACAAACAGAAGCAUUAAUGAUGGGUAAAAAUGAAGAACAAGUAAUUAAUGAAUUAAAAGCAACAGGGAUGUCAGAUGAACGAAUUAAAGAACUUCUUCCACAUAAAUUAUUCCCAGGAAAUAGACCAACUAAUUCUAUUGUUUUUAAGAAAAUGACACCAUAUGUACUUGGAUCAUUAAUUGCUAUGUAUGAACAUAAAAUUUUUGUUCAAGGAUGUAUUUGGAAUGUUAAUUCAUUUGAUCAAUGGGGAGUUGAACUUGGAAAACAACUUGCUAAAGCAGUUGAAAAAGAUCUUGAAGCAGAAAAUCUUAUUAAUAAACAUGAUGGAUCUACGAGUGGACUUAUUAAUCUUAUUAAAGAUAUGAGAAAGAAUUAA